UUUGCCCAAAUACACCUUUUGCACUAUGUUAUAGCCUUUACCAUUGUCCUGUAAUUGUAAAUUCUACCAGUGGUAGGGGUCGCUGUUCAGCAAAGGCAAUUUGCUUGCUGUGUUUUUUCAAACAAAAUGGAAACUAUGCAAGAUGGGUGGGAUUAUAAACUGUCCUCCAGUGGUACAUGCGUUCAGGAAUUUUAAUUGGUCUUAAUUGCUCAAGUGUUCCUCCCAACCAGAACAUUCCCUCAGAUCAGACAGGUCCAAGCAUCUGUACUACAGACAGGACAAAAAGAUUAAGCACAAUGGAAGUGAAGGUAUAUGUAGAUGGUAUCCCACGUGUGGUCUGUGGAGUUACAGCUGAAACAACAUGCCAAGAAGUGGUCAUAGCUUUGGCCAAAGCCCUGGGCCAAGCUGGAAGGUACUCACUACGGGAGACAUUUAAAGACUUUACGCGGUGCAUGACUCCCAAUGAACACCUUCUAGAGACUCUUGAGAAGUAUGGCGAGAUGGCCAGGGAGGUCCAACUCACACUGUUCCAUGAUGGAUCCUUGGUCUUGGAUGAAAUGAGCAGGACAAAAGUUGGCAGAUAUCAGCCCUGCCCACCAUUGAGAAGAAAAGAUGCAGGCACCAGAAUGAGAAGGGGCAGCGGUUCACUAAGUUUGCAUCGUCAAAGCUUGCCGCCGUUAUCCUGUUCAGCACAAGAGGCUAAGAAGCAAAAAGAGGACCUGAAAAGCCCAAAAAGGAAGUCUCUGACGUUUAUGGAGGAGGCCCGGGAAUGGCUGGAAAGUCUGGGUAAAGGCAAGGUCUAUAGUACCGCUUGUGAUAAGGAAAGCAGUAAGAGGACUGAUAAAAGGAAUCGUAACUCUUCAAAUGUUUCUCUUAUUGUUGACAAAGAUCACUCAGGAGGAAGUAGUAAGAGCAAAAUCAGAGGACAGAAAAGUUUAAAUUCAGACUUGGAUCAUCAAACAUCCUGCUGCAUGGGAAGUCAGACAAGGGUUAAAGAAACCAAACAUUCCAAGAAAACUCAAGAGGUAAAAUCUGAUGACCUCUUUAGCUCAAGCUGGGCUACAAUUGAAGAUGAGAAAAAUAGUCUAAUAGAAACCAUAUUAUGUCAGCUCAAUUGUUUGCAGGAUUUACAGGCACAGAUAGCAUGGAUAGACAACCAGAUUUUUGAGCUUGAGGAAACGCAGAGGGCCAAAAAAGCUGAACAGGAAGCCCAGCAGAGAAUAGCUCAGGAGCAGAUAGAGCAGAUUCAGUUUUGGGAGAAUGAAUUAAAGGCAGAGGUAGGGCAUGAGAAGGAUUUGCAAUGUCGGUUCCUUGAGAUGAAGGCAAAGGCUAUGGAGUGCAAGCCCAAAUUGGAGGAGUACAAGCGCAAACUUCAGGGGCUUGAUUUCUUUGCCUCUCAAAACAUUGUUCAAGAUUCAGAGAUGGUUUCAAAAGUUGGUGCAAGUUCAACAACUGCCACAACUGCCACUGGGAUUUCAGCUAUUUCAACUCAGGAUCUAAAGUGGCAACAAUCUGAUCCAGAUGGGGAUGUAAAUAUUAACAGGAAGCCUCCACCCAGAGAAGACUUGAACCCUCCUCAUGCUCUAGUUGCACCAAACCAGAUAAAGGAGCGACGGGCGACAGGUCCCACUGAGCUGAGGGAGUGGUGGACACGCUGGUCUGAAGCCCGAAACUCUAAAUCACAGACUAAACAGAAGGUGAUUCACCGCUCUGAGCUCACUAUAUAUCUGGGCAGUACCAAGGUUUAGAAUCAAACUGACAAAGGCCACAAAUACUGUCGAUGAAAAUUAUGAAUUCUUCAUUGCACACCAGUUACGGUAAUGUAAUUUCUCAAAAUGCACUGCUCCACCUGGUUUAACCUGUAUUGAAGGUUUGUAUUCAAUACUAUACUUACACAUGUUCGGGAUGGAGCAACAAACGCCACAAUGCACCCAGGGCCCCCUUUGUUUUAAAUGCAUUUAAGGGGCCCCCUAGUGGUUAAACAGGUUCCAUAUCAGAAGCCCCGUAAUCCUCAACGAAGGAAUAAGGGCAGAUCAGUACUUCACACCAUUACUAAAAAUAUCUUUUCAACAAUACAACCUGUCUAGAUUUUACAUCAACCAACAGUGUAAGAAGAUCUUUAACUUAACAUUUAAAUACCAAAUUGCACCUGCAGGAAUGUGCCUAACCUUUUCAUAUUAUGGAAUAUGUUGUACAUGCUAUACCUUACUGAAGGAGCGCAUCUCUAGCUUUGAUUCAUAUGAAUUAGAUAUAUCGUUUUAGCUAUCAGACAGCUUUCAUUUAUGCAUUUUGGAUAUGAAGAACUUUUCAAACUGAACUGAAUGAAAUGGUCUUUCAUGCUGAGAAGACUGCACUGCCUCCAAGGACGCAAGCAUGGAACUUGAUUAGAUCAUGCCUUAAACUGUUCUGCAUCUCACAUAAUGCAUACAACUGUUCACCUCAAGAGAGCUGAUGCAAGUAUUCAUCUUCAAGGGGUGGAACUGGACCAAAAGCUUUGAAUGAGCGUCAUCUCUGAGUUUUAUUCCCAUAAUUUGUUGAGCGCUGUAGUUGGUAAAUGUUUGUUUCUGUGAAGCACUCAACUAUGCAUACAGCUUUGUAACUGCUGGCUAAUCAUAACGCACAUUGCAAAUUGUCUUUUUAAAAUGAGAUCAGUUUUUGCCCUUGAGUGAACACUGUCGUUUGAAUGCAACAUUGCUCUGCAUAAUAAAAUUGUUUCACAGAUACUUUAAAGCAGAGGUUUUCUGAAAUAAAGACCAUUACAAAAAUACUCAUGAUUUUCAUAAAACUUUAAUUCAAUUGUUUCAUUCAAGACCAUUAACAAAAGUACAUGAGAACCUCUGUAUGUGGUUCAACUGAAACCCGGUGAUCUCCAUAGUUGAAAUAAAUUUGACUGUAACUUAAUGUGCAGAGGCACAACAGCUCACCAACCAUGUCUUCAGAGCAAAAAUAACAGACAUCCUGAUUCUUAAGGUUUUUUUUUUAUUUUUUAUUUUUUUUAAAUAGACUGAAUUCCUAAUACUUCACCAUUCUCCUUUCUUUAAGUUAUUUUGUUUUCGUUAUAUCUGAAGUUUGAACUUUCACUAAGAAAAAAAAAAGAAAAAAAAAAAAAA